AUGAGACAGUUCAUUGAAGAGUCAUGGAAGAGAGAUUUUGUUUGUCCACUUCUGAAACCUAUGCAUGCACUUGCAUGUUUUGAAAUUUUUGAUAAGUUUACUAUCAACAACAACAACACCUACCUCUUCCACUCUUUCUCAAUUUCUGAAUAUCUUGAAGCUUCAUGGGAUCUUUCAAUGACAAUUCAUGGAAAGGAGCCCCUGCCAUUGAAAACAAAACCAUUAUCAUUUAUGCCAAAACAUGAAUAUGAUUGUCUUUCCAUUGAUCUUCUUGGGCAAAGCUACAAAGGGUGCAUUGGAACGAAUAGCCACGGAUCAUACAUACAAUCAUAUUUCACUGAACGAACUGGGUCAGAACAUGUAAAUUCCCAUAGUAGUCAGCAUGUAUUUGCAUUUGUCAAAUGGUUCAAAUCCACUUCUGACAAAACAAGAGAAUUAGAAGGAGUUGAGUUGUUACAGAAUGAAUUCUAUAAGCAAGGUUUUCAAAGCAUUCUGCUUGUACAUCGGAUUCUCCUAACAGUUGCAAUACGAGACAAUGACUGGGACAGGGUGGCAGAAACAGAGCAAGGCGACAAUGUUGCUGAAUAUCUGUUCAUUCUUAGCUUUGUUCCCACGCCUGCAUUUGACACGUGA